GUUGGUGACUUCUUCUUUUCUCCUCCAAGAACUCGGUUACGAUCCGGCUCGGCAUCAAUAAUAUAACCGUUCCGAAGAACUUUGCUCAAGAAUGAACGGCGGGGCUCAGGAGCCCCAUCAGGCCAUGCCUCAGGAUUAUCCUUCAUCCUAUCCUCAGUCCUUCCAAGCUCAGUUGCAGCCUCAGUUGUUCUCCAGACCUCCCUCUCAGCCUCCUCCGCCGGUCAUCACGUCAUCUCAACGGAUACAGCAGCAGCAUCAAGUCCUCAACCCAGCCACCCUAGCGAACCAACCCACACAAGCUUACCAAGCCUAUCCAUCCUCCCACCCUCAUCCUCAGCAGUUCAACAAUUAUCAGAUGGCCACCGUCGCCCCCGGUCAGCCCAACUUCCAGCCUCAUUCUAAUCCACAGCAGCAUGCGAUACCCAACUAUAAUCAUACGGCAGUCUAUGGCAAACCCAGCCAAGUCCCCCAUCAGCUGUCCCCUAAUCCACCAGCACCACCGAUCAUGGUACGAGCCUCGCAACAGCAAAUGGCUCAGCAUCUCCUCAACUCACAAACCCAUAUCAGAUCACAGCGUAUCGCCCAACAGCAGCAACUAAUCCAUCAACAACGCCAGGACGAGCAAUUCUUGGCGACCUGCGAACCCUUGGAGUGCUUCGCCACCCGAAACUCAGCAUUGCGUCGAUAUACCAAUAACCACGUGCACAUGAACUCGGUCGUCGGCACUCAUUGGACAGUCAAUCAGCUACUCAGAGAGGAUCACAUUCGUCUGGUUUCCAAACGUAAAAACAUCGACCCUUCUCCUUCCGAUUCUAUCAAACAGCGUAAGGAACGCUUAAGACAAAAGAUACGCGAAAUCGAGAAAGAGAUCGAAAGCUCCGAACGAAUCUAUCAAGCCCAACUGGAUCGGAUUCAGUCAUCAUGAAUUGCGUCUCUUUCUUUGCCUUUAUUCUGCUCCCGAAUCUGGUGCCCAUAAUGCAUGUCAGACCUGCAAGUCAGACCCUGGGCUGUUUUACAGAUAGCUUGAUCCAAUGACCUUUGUACAAAUUGAAAAAAAAGAAAGAAUUAUUCGAUGUAAUAGGUGAAAUGCAAGUAAAUAUAACUGUAGUGUUUUAUUCGUCUUCUUCUAUCCUUCUUUCUUCCUUUCUCAGAUGUUUCUGUCCGUUCGCGAUCCUUUUACUAUUGAUUUUUUUUCUGUUGUAAAGUUUACAAUGUGAAGCGCAGGUGGGACAGCAAAAUCUGGUCUGGCGUCACUCCGCCUGUCUGCCACCAGUUGAGCCGGUGGCUUCGGAAUGGUCUAUGUUAUAUGUAUGCGUGUAAUAUCCGUCCAUGCCAACAUAACGGUAUGUACACCCAGAAAAGAAGUAAGAAG